AAGGUACUCGUUUGUAUAAACUGCCUAAGUCUAUAUAUACGAAUUGCCAGGAAAAUUAGGGUUAUUCCGCCCAAGCGUCCAGCGUUCUCAUCCGCCGUUCCCCAAAACCCUAGAAGAAGAAAACAGCAAUCAGCCAUGGGAAAAGUGCAUGGAUCUCUUGCUCGCGCGGGGAAAGUCCGAGGGCAGACCCCGAAAGUAGCGAAGCAGGACAAGAAGAAGAAGCCGAGGGGGAGGGCCCACAAGAGGAUGCAGUACAACCGCCGCUUCGUCACCGCCGUCGUCGGAUUCGGCAAGAAGAGGGGCCCCAACUCGUCGGAGAACAAGUAGACCAGAUGACUCGAGUUAGGUUUUGAACUUGCCAUUUGCCUAUUUCGUUGAGAGACUUUGAAAAGUUUGUUUCUUUUUGUAGCAUGAAUGCUUCCUGCUUAGGUUUUGAUGAAGUUUCAUAUUAAAGAUUGGAUCUUGGCAGAUAGAUUUCCUUUUUCGUGGUAGAUGAACUUGCUCGAUGAUAAAUAUGGAUGUCUCUUAUCAUAUAUUUGAAUUGAGUUGAAGGCCAUGUAGAGUCUUUCUUUA